AUGCCCAUCCGCAUGGCGUCAGGGUACCAACGUCGCCUGUGGCGCUACGUUGAGGCUGGCCGCCGCCACAAGCUGCGCAGGCUGCUGCGGCGCCACAGGCAAACGCUGGACCUGGGUGAGGCUGCAGGGCGGAAGGACCAGACCCCCCUGCACCGAUCCUGUGCCCGACAGGACCACAAGACCGCCGUCCUCUUGAUGAAGUAUGGAGCGGACCCCUUCCUUUUGGAUCAGCGGGGAGACACGGCCCUCCAUGUGGCUGCCCGGAAAGUUGCCCGCAAAGGAGGCACUGUGUACCAAGACCUUUUCCUUCCUUUGCGAAAUCGGUGCCCAUCAGCCAUGAGCAUCAGGAACAGAGAUGGAAAGACGCCGGGGGACCUUUUGGGACAGACAGAAGACAAAUGGUGCCCUCAGGAAAUGUUGGAGGACCGCGAGAUGGAAUGCGAGGCUGACAGAGAGUGGAAUCGCAAACUCCUCGGUGAAUAUGAAGACGAAUAUCAGGAGACCUGCUGGCGUUAUGAAGAGGAUUUUUACACUCCCAGUCCCGAUCCAGAGACCUAUGAAGAUUGGGCUAGUCGCAUCGCCCGUGAAUACAGUCAGAAACGCAAGCAAGCAGAAGAACCCCACCACCACCGGAAGAAGCCUAAAAAUGAACCCCCAAAGCCUGCCCUGAAGCUGCAGCUUCUAGAGGAGGAGCAUCUGCUCUACGAGAAGCGCGCCCGAGCCAAAGAAGAAGAGCUGAAGGCGUCUAAAAGAGCACGUUAUGAGAAAGGCUGCAGCCGGGUCUUCACCACCGACGGUUCCCUCCCUCUGAGUUAUGCGGACAUCCCCUGGCCGUGCCCGAGAGGGACAGCCGAGGAAAUGGCUGCGGUGGCACUCCACGGCACGGAUCCCACGGACAGAGCGGCUUACCGGCGCUUCCUCCGGCACCAGCAAGCUUUGUGGCAUCCGGACAAGUUUGUUCAGCGCUGCGGCACGCGCUUAGCCGAGCGGGAUCGCCGCCGGAUCUUGGACACAGUCACGGCAUUAUCCCAGGCUUUCAACCGGCUAGCCGAAGCAGCCAAGUGA